GCGCUCUCGGUUCUUAGGCCUGCGACGCGCGGAGCCGGAGCUCUGCGCCGAGCGGUGGGAGAGGUGCUAUACAGCGAGGUUGCCUUUACACACGUCAGGUGGCCACGAUGGCUUCAAAAUCUCAGGCCAGCGUCCUCAAAGCCAAGAAUCCUGCCAGCAACUCCAAUGGCAAGGCCGCGUCUCAAGGACAAUGGGGCCGGGCCUGGGAGGUAGACUGGUUCUCCCUGGCCAGCGUCAUCUUCCUGCUGAGCUUCGCCCCUUUCAUCGUCUACUACUUCAUCAUGGCCUGUGACCAGUACGACUGCUCGCUGACCACCCCUGUGGUGGACCUGGCCACUGGCAAGGCUCGCCUCGCAGACAUCUGGGCCAAGACCCCGCCCGUGACGGCCACAGCCGCCCAGCUCUAUGCCUCCUGGGUCAUCUUCCAGAUUCUCCUAUACAUGUUACUUCCUGACUUCUGCCACCGAUUUCUGCCAGGCUACGUAGGGGGAGUCCAGGAGGGGGCAGUGACCCCGGCAGGGAUUGUGAACAAGUACCAGAUCAACGGGUUGCAGGCCUGGCUCAUCACACACCUUCUGUGGUUCGCCAACGCUCACUUCCUGUUCUACUUCUCUCCCACCAUCAUCUUUGACAACUGGAUCCCGCUGCUGUGGUGCGCCAACAUCCUCGGCUACGCCGUGUCCACCUUCGCGAUGAUCAAGGGCUACUUUUUCCCCACGAGUGCUGAGGACUGCAAAUUCACAGGCAAUUUCUUCUACAACUACAUGAUGGGCAUUGAGUUUAACCCUCGGAUCGGGAAGUGGUUUGACUUCAAGCUCUUCUUCAACGGGCGCCCGGGGAUCGUUGCCUGGACGCUCAUCAACCUGUCCUUCGCCGCCAAGCAGCAGGAGCUCCACGGCCACGUGACCAACUCCAUGGUCUUGGUCAACGUCCUGCAGGCCAUCUAUGUGCUGGACUUCUUCUGGAAUGAGGCCUGGUACCUGAAGACCAUAGACAUCUGCCAUGACCACUUCGGAUGGUACCUGGGCUGGGGCGACUGCGUCUGGCUGCCCUACCUGUACACGCUGCAGGGCCUGUACUUGGUGUCCCACCCCGUGGAGCUGUCCACCCCGCACGCCGUGGGCGUCCUGCUCCUGGGGCUCGUGGGCUACUACGUCUUCCGCGUGGCCAACCAUCAGAAGGACCUGUUCCGCCGCACGGACGGACGCUGCCUCAUCUGGGGCCGCAAGCCCAAGGUCAUCGAGUGCUCGUACUCCUCGUCCGACGGCCAGCGGCACCACAGCAAGCUGCUGGUGUCUGGCUUCUGGGGCGUGGCGCGCCACUUCAACUACACGGGCGACCUGAUGGGCAGCCUGGCCUACUGCCUGGCCUGCGGCGGGGGCCACCUCCUGCCCUACUUCUACGCCAUCUACAUGACCAUCCUGCUGACCCACCGCUGCCUGCGGGACGAGCACCGCUGUGCCAACAAGUACGGCCGGGACUGGGACCGCUACACCGCGGCCGUGCCCUACCGCCUGCUGCCCGGGCUCUUCUAGGAACCGGCCAGGUGGCCGCGUGGAGCGAGCGGAGCUGGACCUGUGGGGCUGACGUCCCAGAUCCCCCUCCGGGAAACCCAGUCCCUUCGUCUGUGAUACGGAAUGAGCUGGCACGGGCAGGUGCCCUGUCUAGGCUGUUGCUCCCUCCCCUCAGUUUCCCCACCGGGAUCUGAGUCUACACCAGCUGUCUUCCCACCAGCAAGAAUAAGGUGGGAGGGUGACCGGUCACUUCUGAUAGCCUUGGAUAAGCUAAGGUGUGUGUGCGCGCGCGUGUGUGUGUGUGUGUGUGUGGAGAGCAGGCCUCUGCGCUGUCCAGACAAAUCAGCGUCUGACACUCCACAUGGCCGUGGCAGCUCCCUGGGAUGAGGUUCACACCAUGUCGCAGUGCGAUCCGCACUGGCUGGCCAGACCCCUUCCUCACCUGCUCUGCAGUGGUGGGGGCUGGGCCCUGAGCUUUCUUCCUCCUCUUCCUGUAUGCCAUGUGGACUAUCCAGCAGAGGGCGCUGAGGGACCACUGCAGGUUGGGGGCACUUCUGUUUGUAGUUCAAGGGCUUCUAAUUUCUUUUUUUCCGUAUGGCUGCCAGAGGUGUCAGCCCCAGUGAGCAGAGCCUCCAAUGCCCUGUGCACACACCUCCCUGGCCUCCUUGGCCAGGGAACAUCCCAGGUGUUCCCGCUUGUCCCCCAAACCCUGACUCAGACAAGAGGGGGCCUCUCCCUGCCCAGAGUUCCAGCUGUGGGGAGAACCCCAUUUCAAGUGCUAUCUGUCCAGACCCCCUCCCUACCCCCCCACCAGGGCAUUGUAUAAAGCUCUCUCCAGAUCUGAUCUACAGAGUUCUUUUCAUUAAACUCUCCCUGUGUGAGA